AUGGCCGCGUUAACUGCGACCGCUCUGCUCGCCACACUCGCCGCUGUCAUCGCGCGCGCUAGUGUCAGUAGCGUGCCGGACCUAUCGAGGUGCGAGGUAGCUGCGCGGACUGACGCGGGAUGGGUGUGCGGAACACGCCGGCGCGCCGUCUCCAGCCGAGAAUACGCCAGCUUCCUCGCCGUACCCUAUGCAAAGCAACCACUAGGAGAGCUCAGAUUUCAGGAGCUGCUCCCAGCAGAGCCAUGGUACGGAGUGAGAAAUGCGACUAAUGAGGGUCCCGUGUGUCCGCAAACGGAUGUGUUUUAUAUGCAGUUUCACACGGCCAAGGGCGGUAUGAGCGAAGCGUGUAUCCACGCGAACGUAUACGUUCCUAUCGAAGCCUUACCCGACCCUUACAAGGCCCCCGAAGUUAAUACAACAGGCCCAGGACUGCCGGUGCUUGUGUUUAUACACGGCGGAGGGUUCGCAUUUGGAUCAGGAGACCCCGAUCUCUAUGGCCCGGAGUAUCUCGUCAGCAAAGGUGUAAUCGUUAUCACAUUUAAUUACAGACUGAACGUGUUCGGUUUCCUGUCGCUGAACUCCUCGCAGGUGCCUGGUAACAUGGGGCUCCGGGACGGACUGUCCCUGCUGCGCUGGGUGCGCAGUAACGCUCGUGGGUUCGGCGGAGACCCACGCUCCGUCACCCUCGGCGGACAGAGUGCCGGCGCCGUCAUGGCGCACAUGCUCACGCUCACACCUGCGGCACACGGACUCAUACAUAGAACUAUUCUGAUGAGCGGUACCGCAUUCUCGGGUUUUAUUAGCACAUCACCAUCUUUCGCUACCACAAUAAACAAGCUCUUCUUGCCUAUGCUCGGCAUUGACCCGGAGCUUCCCGACGACGAAAUUCACUAUAGACUAAUAGAAACACCCAUCGACAAGAUCAUGGCCGCCAACAAGCAACUGCUAGAUAUAUUCGGGCUAACGACAUUCGUACCUGUUGUUGAAUCCCCUCUGCCUGGAAUUCAAGCUGUUCUAGACAAUGACCCCGAAGUCCUUGUAGAUUCCGGACGAGACUCGCGUGUGCCUCUAUUGAUUGGAUUCACGGAUGAGGAAUGCGAAUCGUUCCGGCAAAGGUUUCAGGAGGUACAUAUAAUAGAGCAACUGGAGAAGUCACCUUCCUUAGCUGUGUCACCACGUUUGACGUUCAAAGCGGGUGAAAAAUUACCGAUAAUCACAGAAGCUAUCAAUGCGAGGUACUUUAACGGUACCGUCGAUAUGGACAGGUAUAUACGCCUGUGUACGGAACAGUACUACAAGUAUCCACCACUGAAGCUUGUCAAGAAGCGAUCGUUGGCUGCUGCACCGACAUUUCUGUACAGGUUCUCGUUCGGAGGAUCACCGAGCAUAUGGAAAGUGGGCAGAAGGAUGGAGUACUCGGGCGCGAGCCACGUGGAGGACCUCACGUACGUGUUCCGCACCUCACAGCUGGGACCGCUCGCUGAUGAUGAACUAUCAGCGCAUGAUGACAACGCACGGAUUAGGGAUUCGAUGACAGAUCACGUGGUCAACUUCAUGAGAUACGGCCAUCCCCUGCCUGGUCCGGUGUUGUCACGGCGGUGGUCGCCGGUGAGGACGCCGCUGCACUACCAGGAGAUCGCCGACCCCCGACACAUACACGCCGCCGCCCCUACAUGUCACGAGACAAACGCCCUAAAAUUCUUUACACGCCUCGACUGUAUCGUCGAAAAAGAUAAAACCAACACAACAUUAUGA